GCUCUGUCUCAGUGUUGUGCGAAUUUCGUCUUACGUAAAGGUCUAAAUAAACUAUGUUUUUAGCGAUUUCGUGAUGGAUGACAAGUGUCGGAACGUGUAUGCAGAUAUGUGUCGUUAAGUGUAUUGUGAAGUGCGUGAACCAUUAAAGCCUGCAAAAUAGGGAAUAUCUUUUUAAACGCGAGGUAGGGCGAGACCCAUCGGUGCUGCCUACCCACCAUAUUUCUUGAUAACUGGCCUGAUGCCAUGGGUUGUUUUGGUAGCGGAGGCUCAAAAGCGGACCAAGAAGAACGAAAAAUUUUAAGUGAACGAAAUAAAAAGAUUAACGCACAACUCCAAAAGGAUAAACAAGUGUAUAGAGCAACGCACAGGUUAUUAUUACUAGGUGCCGGAGAAUCAGGGAAAAGCACAAUAGUGAAGCAGAUGAGGAUAUUGCAUGUCAAUGGCUUUAGUGAAGAAGAGAAGAGGCAGAAAAUAGAAGACAUCAAGAAGAAUAUUCGAGAUGCGAUAUUAACCAUAACCGGCGCGAUGAGCACGCUGACGCCGCCCAUCCAGCUCGAGAAUCCCUCCAACCAGCACCGGGUCGACUACAUCCAGGACGUCGCCUCGCAGCAUGACUUCGACUACCCGCCGGAGUUUUACGAGCACACGGAGAUCCUAUGGAAGGACCGGGGAGUACAGGCGUGUUACGAGCGCUCCAACGAGUACCAGCUGAUCGACUGCGCCAAGUACUUCUUGGACAAAGUUCACAUAAUUAAGCAGCCCAACUACACACCCACUGAACAAGACAUUCUGAGAUGUCGUGUCUUAACUUCUGGUAUCUUUGAAACAAGAUUUCAAGUGGAUAAAGUCAAUUUCCAUAUGUUCGAUGUUGGAGGACAGAGAGACGAAAGGCGGAAGUGGAUACAGUGUUUCAAUGAUGUUACCGCAAUCAUAUUUGUUACUGCAUGCAGCAGUUACAACAUGGUACUGCGUGAAGAUCCUACCCAGAACAGGUUGCGCGAGAGCCUUGACCUGUUUAAAAGCAUUUGGAACAACAGGUGGUUACGGACAAUAUCUGUGAUCCUGUUCCUGAAUAAGCAGGACCUACUGGCAGAGAAAAUCAAAGCCGGGAAGUCUAAGCUGGAAGAAUACUUCGCUGACUUCGCACAGUACCCUACCCCUACGGAUGCAAUGGCAGAACCAGGGGAAGAUCCAGAAGUUAUUCGGGCCAAGUACUUCAUUCGGGAUGAAUUUUUACGUAUCAGUACAGCAAGUGGAGAUGGCAAGCACUAUUGUUACCCACAUUUUACAUGUGCUGUAGACACUGAAAACAUCCGGCGUGUGUUCAAUGACUGUCGUGAUAUAAUUCAACGGAUGCACCUUCGCCAAUAUGAGCUCUUGUGAUGCCUGUCACUGGCUUCAGCUUUAGGUAAUAUGUUUUUGGACUACGUCCAGGUGUUACUGUACUGUUGAAAGUCAGUAGGGUGAAGAGCAGUGGUUUGUGGGAGGGUCACGUGGGAGAUCCCACUCUGAUUGCCAGCGAGAAAAUUUAAGGGAAACACUGUAAAACUGAAAUGUGGACUAAAGUUUAAACUUAUAACUAGCCAAAGCAUUUAUAAGUACAGUAUAUAUGUGUAUAUUGCCAGGAUGUAACAACUAAUGAAGUGAAGCCAAUAUUAAAAAUAUAUAUAAAUAUACAUAUAUAAAUAAUGUAAUUGAGUAAAUACGUGCACAAAAUGUUUUCGUCGCCAAAGGAUACUAUUUGCUUGUUGUUGUUCACCCCAAUUUUAUUGUGUAAAUAUUUUUGUUUAAAAAGUUUUAGAAAUGUGAAAAUGAUAUCUUGGCUCUGUUUUUUAUAUUUAUUGUAAUGUAUUCUGCAGAAACUGAAUGGUGGUUGGCAACUAUGGAACUCAGAAUACUUUCACUGUAGUUGUCUUAUAAUUUCUGAAAAAAAGAAAAUAGAAAACUGUGUUACUUGUUGGCGUUUUGGAAGAGUAGCUGUUUUUGGUGUGGCCAACUGUUUUAGGACUAGCUAUGCAGUAUUUGAUUAACAAUUGUGUCAUUGUUUACAUGUCAUUUUGUGUCUAUGUAAGUAAAACUUUUUCUCAUUGUUUCAAAUGUUUUUACACAUUGUGAAGUAGCUGUGGUAUUUCUUGUCUCUUUUUUUUAAAUUUUAUUACUAUUCUUUUAUAUACAAAAGGUCCAGUGGCAUAAUGUGUUUUAAAGUAGUGUAUUGUCAGAUUUGACAAAUGCCCCCCCUCGAAAUUUGUAGCUGUAAAUGUGGCACAUCAGUUAUUUUCAAAACUAAUGUUGUUUUCUUAUAUUAGUGUAAAACUUUGCUCUUUUAAAUCCUCACUCCAACUUUAGUGUUCCUGGAAACUGUUGUAGGUAGAGGCUGAACAUUUGUGCAGUUUCAGUCAGACACUCAGAGUAGCUCCAUCUGAAUAGGGAGUGGGGGAAUUCCAAAUAUCUGGCCACCACAUUCUCGGAGUAGUGUUGCUUCCUCAUAUGUUGCAUGUAGGGUGAUGCAUCUAUCCAUUUAGUUAGUAUUUGACACUCCAAUAAUAUUGAUAAUCUAUUUUUACUUUGAUGAAUAGUCACUAAUGCAUCACACACACACACACACACACACACACACACACACACACCUUUGCUACUUUCAGAAGCUUUUGAUAUGUUUGUGCACAGUUGUAGAGUGGAAAUAGGAAAUGCUGAUGAAAGUGUGAAGUGCAAGGUCAAGGAAACCAGGAAAAAGUCAUGACAAAUUCACAUUGCAAAUGAUUUUAUUUGAAGGAAUGAAAUUCGUGAUAGUUUGAUGUCAUUUGUAACACACAACAGAAAAACAUUGAAAAAAUGUAACAAGUUAUAGAAAUGAAAAUGAAGGUGAAGAUGUAAGUGCCAUGCUCCACUUUUGGGGAAUCCAUCAUCACUACUCUUACUUCAAACAGAAAUGAAGAAAAGUAUUUGCAUCACUGAUACAACGAGAAAUAAAAUCCUCUGUAUUUCAACAAACAAUCCUGUUGGAGGAACAUCCACAACUGAGCAUUAUACCAAAGGUCGUAAAUCCUGCUUCAGUUGUAAAGUUCUUUUACUAUCACACAACCGGUUUUGGGCUCUUAUAAGCCCAUCUUCAGGUGUUGUAAGUUGGUACUGUGGCCUCAGAGUGCCACGAUGAACGUGUACUAGGCGCGAUGUGCUACCUAUGAGCACAGAGCAGGGAGUCCCGAAGAUGGGCUUAUAAGAGCCCGAAACCAGUCAUGUGAUAAUAAAAGAACUUUACAACUCAAGUGGGAUUUUCAACCUCUGGCCUCUGUACUUCAUUUCAAGAAUAUAGACCCUGACUAAUAGGUCUUUGUUUUUUCAUCACAUAACUUGUUGGUCAGUGGAAGGUCAGAAGUAUUUCCUAGGAUGGGAACGUCACGUAGAUUGAACCACAUCUUCAACACAACAAACCUGCAGUCUUCAUCAUCAAACUGCUUUAAUCAAAAGUUUGCUUUUCUUUUCUGAGCUGAAACAUAUUUCUGAAGUGAUGGUUAUCUUUCAUUCGCUGUUAUUUAACAACUUGUUAGCCAAGAAAUCCAGAUCUAAUCAAUCACCUUCAUCCUGGAAGGGUUUUUAGCUUUUAACAACGCUAAGCAAUGUUUCUAAUUAUUCUAGUAAAUAUCAAAAAAUUAACGCUCUGAAGCCGAGUAGCUGCAACCAGAAACCAAAAAAAUUUCAUUUCAGCACUUUCAUAUAUGCUUCAAAGCAAGUAACAUCAAAGUCAUUACCAUCAUGUUGUUUUUGUUGUGUCCUACACUGGUAUCACACCACAUGAGUAGUGUCUUCUUGCCACUACAUCCUGAACUCAAAACUUUUAAGCAAACAUGACACCUCUUCAUUACCUGCUCUGCCAGUCAUAUUAUCAUGCCAGAUACACAUCAGUCAUGUACCUAAGACAAUAUUUACGUUCAAGUUGGAAUUUUAGAGCUGUCUUGAAUAAAACUUCGUAUCCUGUUUGAGAUUUGGUGUGAACAUAACUCCUGGAGAUCAACCGAACUGUACAGAUUUCACUUAAGGGUAUUUGAUAAGCCAAAGUGUCAUUUUCAAUCAUUUCCUGGGCUCUCCCAGCCUUUACAAGACGUGUCUUCGAUUCAUAUUUUGCAGUCAUUUCCAGUUCCUUCAAUCUUCAUAUACAGCUUAUUGCAUUUUUCACGCCUGUCAGACCAAUUAUGGAAGAGUUAAAAUGUUUUUCUGUAAAAGAAGCAUAUGUAUGACUUACACUAAAGUAUGGGCUAAACUAGUCCUUGCUUGACUUUAAUCUGCCAAAGUGACUUCCUUCUCUGGGGAAAGACUCAGGUUGUGCUUAAUCAAAUUUGUAUGUUCUUCGCUGAACUUCACCGUAUGUGUGUGAGAACUUGUAGUGUGUACGCUAUGUCCUAUACCGACUUCGUAAGUUCUCCCUCCUUUUAUAAGAUAGUCUUCUAGUGUCUGUAGUUGUCAGAUGACAGUACAAAAAAUGUGUUAUUGCGUACUUGACAGUGUCCACCUGGACCAUCGGACACAGUAUAAUGUGUGCUAGCUUGUCCUCUUUAACAUGGCUAAUCAUAUUUACCAUGACUUUUUCUGUCAACAGGAUUACUUUAUUACAGCCCAUUAUGUAUGUACCCUGCUUUUCUUCACAUAUUGACAAAACUGCAUGUAUAGAUGUCCUUGUGUUUGUAUGCAGUGAUUUGCACUUAUAUCUAUGGUUACAUGUAACCUAGAACAAAUAGCUAUAACUAGAAUGAUCAUAUAAAUGAUGAUGAUGAUGAUAAUAACAAUAAAAUAUAACAACACUAAAAAUAAAAAUAUUCCAUGACAAAAUUA